UCGGUCGUUCCUCAGUGUGCCGCGCUUCUACCGGUGACAAGCGAGUUGGUGACAAGUUUCGACCCAUGCCCCACGCGUGGGGUGAAAGUUUUGUGUGGAUUUGUGAGAACUCACCUCUCUAAGGAUCGUCUGCAAGUGUUUGUGAAUUAACUCACUCUGAAGCCAUUGCUCCAUUGCGUGCAAUGGUGCUUCAACAGAAGUACCGCUGAAAGUUAUCCACUGGGGACCCCCGGGGAAUUGACUGGCACUUCCCCCAGGGGUCCAGGUGUAUUAAAUUCCAAAUACCGGCACAGUUAUUGAUACACGUGACUUGGAUAUGUUGCUACCUCUGUUAUUUUCAUUCCUGACUACUUACUAUCUGUGGCACCAGUUAUAGUAGAAUUCGAAUUCCUAGCUUCUUAUGAAAUGCAUUAUCGUAAAAUAUUCUGAAUAAUUACCGCUCUAACUGUCCUUCAUUAGAACUAUUUGCAAAACAGUAAUAGUGCUUAGAUUAAUAUAUCAUUUUGGCAACAAAUUUUUGACCGCAAGUAUUUGGGGAAAAAAUUAUAAGCAUUUUUCGAAGAUAAUUUUUAUUUUUUAAAUAAUAUGGUGAAUGACAUAAUUACUGUAGAAAUUAUAUAUCGCUCAUCAGUUCAUUAAUUAUUCCGAAGGUAUUAUUACUCCUAAAUAAGCUCUUAUUUAAUUGUUGUUAUGGAUAAUAAUAAGACUUGUACUAAAUGACGAACGUGAAAUUUUUUAACUUUCCAGUUAAUUCACUAAAUUAAACUUGAUGGAUACCAUCAAUUUUAUACCAAAUUAAAACAAAUCAAUCAAUUAUUAAGGCACUGUUCUUGUGCAGAUAGUUUUAACAUACUGAGGAUGUUGUCAUUUUAUGUGAAAGAUAUUGCUCUGGUAAGAAAUAAAAACUGUAAAAAAUUAAGUAAACGGAGGUAGGUUAUUGUGGUGAACAAACUUGUUAAUAACCAUUUAAUAUAAAUUAGAAAAUUUAUAUAACUAUAUAGCGUUGUAUGUUUGAAUAAAUAUAUACUGUAAGCAAGUUUAUUUAAAAGCUUAAGGCCGAUAGUAGUUUGUUGUUAUUAACUGUAAAUGUUUAUGAAGAAUUUUGUAUAUUAGAUGUCCUUUGCAAGGCUUUUAAUGAUAAGGAAUUUUAUUGCUAAUGCUGCCUCAUUAGCUAAGAGUACAUAGAUAAUAUUGGUUUAAUUGUUUUUAGUUUUAAUGCUUAUUUUAAGCAUGUUAGAGCAGAAAAAUAAUUUUUCCUACAUUUCUAAUUCUUGUUUUCCUAUACUGAGGGAAAAAUUUGUAAUUAAAUAACAUGCUCUUUUGUUGAAACAAAUUUAAAAGCAAGAAACGGCGUUUUCUAAAAAUUUCAUGACCUAAUAGUAUUUAUUCAACGUUUAUUACAUCAUAAUGAAUAAGAAGUUGCCCAAUAAAAGACCUACUUUUUUUUAAAUUUAAAAAGUAGCGGUAUUUAUUCUGCUUGUCACUUAAUUAAAUUGAACAGCAAUAGUGCUUAUCGUAAUUCUUCUUAAAAUACUCUUUCUGCGACACUUGCAAGACAUUUAUUAGUCCAUCAGGGUGGAUAUCAUAACUUUAAACAGGCUUUUGUACUAAUUUUCACAGUUAAAGGUACUUGAUUGGCUGUCGCGUAAAGGUGUGUUUGAAUUGCCAAGAAAUACUUUUCAUCGUAACGUUCGAGACCAAAAGUAAAAUUUUAGACAAGAGACAUGUUUCAAGCAGUGAUGCAGUUCCGUGAUCCGCAACAACCUCAACAACAGCAGCAACCUCUUCACCACAAUCCUCAACAGCAGCAACAACAGCAAAAUCAAAAACCACCCAUGCAUCCGCAGCAUUUGCCUCAUCCUCCUACAUCCACACUUUCCAGCUCCUCGUCUUCCUCCACCGAUUCCUCAGGGAGUGGCCAGCCAUCGGGGGCUGCGACGACGCCCCCUAAUCGUCGGUCUCGACGUCGGAAGUCUCUUCUGUAUCAAGUGCUCAUGUCCCCUUUGAGGAAGAAAUCUGGAUCCACCAAUACUUUGAACACAGUUGCUUCUGGUGGUGGUGGUGGUAAUGUAAUUCAGCAACAGCAACACCAAGGGAAUGUUAGCCAUCUGCCUAACCAGAGAAGUCACUCUCUGUACCAGCCACCGUCAAGCGUCUACGAUGAAGACCCAGGGAUCAUGUCAGAGGUCGAGACUUCGGCCACGGGCUUUAGGAGAGCGAGCAAAGCGAGGUCAAGCCUGCCAAUUGUCCGAACACCAUCCAAGACACAAGAGCGGCCUUUGGUCCAAUCUGACCCUUUAAACUUCUGUAUCAACGACAGGCCGCACGAUUGCCCCAUUUUCUGGAAAAAUCUAAGGUCCAUCGUUGAAGAAGAUGUACUCAAAAGCUUGAAACAACAAGGUCUCGUGUUUCUGCAGUACCAGAGCGAGACCAAGAGGGCGCUGCUUCCUAACGAGAUCACCUCGAUGGACACUGUGAAGGCUCUCUUCGUGCGUUCAUUUCCCAAGCAAUUGACCAUGGAGUAUCUCGACUCACCACAUAUCCGAGUCUACAUUCAUGACCCUGCAAAGGACAUGUUCUACGAGCUCGAAGACCUCAGGGACAUUCGGGACCGGUCUGUUCUGAGGAUCUACGAACAAGAUGUGAAUGGCGGUGGCGUCUACAGCACUUACGACCAAGAUCUGAGUUACUUCUCUGAACCCGAAUUCGACUCUGAAUACCAACACCAGCACAUCCACCGGAGCAAGGCCUCCAAAGCACCCUUACCGCCUGCCAUAGGGUAUUAUGGGACUUUGCCGGCGCAGUACCUGCCAGCCAACAGAACCCAGACGUUGCCACACAGCGCCUCCAUGAGAACUUAUUCCCCGACUCAUGCUGCGGAUCGACAGAAGUCUCAGACUCUACCCCCAGGAGGAGGUGGAACACAGCCUCCCCCAAAGCCUCAGCGUUCUUUUCAGCAAGCUCUGACACCAUUGGGCAAGACUGUACGUUCUACACCUCCUCCGAGUGGGCCACCUCCAUCAAUCCCCUCACCAAGAUCUGGCCAGCCGCGUCCUUUGGUGCCUGUGGGAUCAACAAUGCCAAUGUCUCCAGAAAGAAGACAUGAACCUCUAGGUUCUUAUCGAGCUCCUCCCGACCGUCCAUACUCCGUAGCUGGACAAGCAACAUAUCAUAUUUCACCCGAAAGGCGCUACGACCCACCUUAUCAUUCCUCACCAGAACGUCGUUCUCAACAAGAAUCUGGUUAUUUGUCGUCACCUGAAAGGCGCGUGGAUCACCAGCGGUCAUUCUCUGGUUACUCCACAAGCUCUUCAUAUGAGGAAUCAUUGUAUGGUGGAAGUAUAUAUGGAACACGAUCUGGUAGUGUUACUCCUGUCAUCGAUGAAGAAGCUAGGUAAUCAGAUCUUAUGUUAUCUACGUAACGUCUUUUGCAGUUCAUUAUUUAUUACAUUAAUAGGCCUUGUAUCCAGGCAAAAAAAACUGAAUAUAUCUGCUCCUUAAAUAUCUGACUGACUUCAACCCUACGUAUCAGUGAUAGUCAGUCAGAACAUAUGAUGAGCCCCAAAAUCACAAGGAUUACAUUAGGCAGCAAUGCUUAAAUUCAGCUACAUUCCACCGCAGCUCAGGUCUGGUAAUUCUUAGUUUUCAAGAGGCAUCGUAAUUGCAAACAGAGCCCUACACGAGAUAAUUUCUGACAGUUUGUUAGCUGUUAUUAGCAGCAAAUUACAUUAGUCAUGCAAAAUUUCUUUUAACGAUUAAUAAAACUAAUGUCGAUACUAGCUGCUAAAUGUAUACGUCCUCAGCAAAAUAAUUAGAGAACUGUGAGUAGUGAGGGAGGGAGGCA